AUGGCAAAUACAUUGAGAGUUCUAGAUUUGUCAUGGUGCAAAUGCUUAACAAGGACACCUGACCUCUCAAAGUUUGUGUCCUUGGAGAGAUUGAUUCUUGAUAGUUGUCGCAAUUUAACUACAAUCGACUGCUCUGUAGGUGCGCUAAAACAUCUCGGAACUUUGAAUCUAAAGGGAUGUCCUGCACUUCAAGAGUUGCCUGAGGAAAUCGAUUCUCUAGAACCUUUGAUGGAGCUUACCUUGCCUCGAGAUUCAGAUCUGUCCAAGGUUCCCAAGACAGUUGGCAAUCUAAAUUCUUUGUCAAUUCCAAAGAUGGAAAAUGCAAGAAUCGAAGAGCUUCCGUGCUCACUUGGCGGACUAACGAAGCUGACAAAUUUGUCUCUAAGCGGAUGCUCUCUAAUAAAGGAACUUCCAUGCUCACUCGGGGAAUUAGGAGCAUUGUUGGAGUUGCAUUUGUCAUCAUCAGAUCGUGUGAAAGAGAAAAAAGAAACUCUGGGUGAAGUUUUAAAUGGAGAUCGUUUAGUUAGUGCUCCCUUCAAGCUGGAGUUUUUAGUGAAUAAGGAAGACGAAGUUGCUUGCAAGAAGACACUUUCAAAGGUAGAAGUGGCACGAUUCCGGUCUGCAAUCAUCCAGGACUAUUACUUUGAGAUGAAUUAUGACGACUUGCCCACUUGGGGUUUUAUUGGGAAGGUUGACAAGGACGGUAGGGAUCCACAUGAAUACAAGUAUUUUCUUUAUAAGCGUGUUAUGUUCGAUAUCUUAUACAACAAGGACCGCGUGAUCGAAAUUCAUGUCCGGACAGACCCAAACAGCGUCGCAGAUCUUACAGAAGACAAAGAAGUUGAUUUUCAGUAUAUGUACUCAGCAAAGUGGAAAGAAACAAUUACUCCUUAUGAGAAAAGGAUGGAUAUAUACACUUGGUCAUCUUCAUUGCCUCAUCAACUUGAGAUUCACUUGUUUUGGAACGUAAAUUCUUGUGGUACAGUUCUUUUGUUGACUGGAAUUCUUGCCACAAUCCUCUGGAGAGCUCUAAAGAAAGAUUUGGUCAAGUAUGCCCAUGACGAAGAAUUAGCUGAAGACGAGGAGAAGACUGGAUGGAAAUACAUACACGGGGAUGUGUUCAGGUUCCCAAAGUAUAAAUCUCUUUUUGCUGCUGCAGUUGGUUCUGGUACUCAGCUGUUUACUCUUACCGUAUUCAUCUUUAUAUUGGCAUCGAUUGGUGUCUUUUAUCCGUACAACCGAGGCCCGCUAUUUAAGGCACUGGUUGUUAUCUAUGCACUCACGUCAGGAAUUGCAGGCUAUACUGCUACUUCCUUAUACUGUCAGCUGGAGGGAACAAACUGGGUCAGGAAUCUAGUAUUGACUGGAUGCCUCUUCGGUGGGCCUCUCUUUCUCACAUUCUGCUUCUUAAACAGUGUCGCUGUUGUCUACACUGCCACUGCAGCUCUUCCAUUUGGCAUGAUUUUGGUCAUAGUUCUCAUAUGGACACUUGUAUCAUCACCGUUGCUCGUAUUGGGUGGGAUUGCUGGGAAGAAUAGCAAGGCCGAAUUUCAAGCUCCAUGCCGCACCACUGAGUACCCCAGAGAGAUUCCACCGUUGCCAUGGUAUAGGGGCGCAGUCCCCCAGAUGGCAUUGGCUGGUUUUCUCCCGUUCAUUGUUACAUACAUCGAGCUAUACUACAUUUUUGGCAGUGUCUGGGGUCACAGGAUCUAUACCAUCUACAACAUCUUGUUUAUUGUUUUCAUUAUUCUCUUGAUAGUCACUGCUUUUAUCACGGUGGCAUUGACCUAUCUCCAACUUGCUGCCGAGGACCAUAAAUGGUGGUGGAGGUCUUUUCUCUGUGGUGGAUCAACUGGAUUAUUUAUCUAUGGGUAUUGCUUGUACUACUACUAUGCACGGUCUGAUAUGGACGGGUUCAUGCAAACUUCAUUCUUCUUUGGCUACAUGGCCUGCAUCUGCUAUGGAGUUUUCCUCGUGCUUGGGACCGUAGGUUGCGCUGCCUUAUUAUUCAUCCGACGCAUAUACGGAUCCAUCAAGUGCGAGUAGGCAGGUGGUCCUUUUCAAUCUCCGCAUUGUCUUCCGUCUCUUAUUAGCUGCCCUGUGGAGUAGCCUUUUCGCAAGAUGGUUUUGGUUCUUGUAUCAAGAGCAGAAGCGUAUAGUUCUCCUCACAUGUCUUGCUACCUGAGAAAGCGGGCAUGACUUUUCCUUCAUGUUUGUGCCGAUUUCUAGAAAUGGUCUUUGUGAUUGGUUUCGCAUUCCAUCCACAUUGUAUGUAUCUCUUGUUAACACUAUUA